CCCAGAAAUACCCCCAUGGGUCCCCUCCAUAUCUCUCCCUUACUUUUUCUACAGGCCCUUAGUAGUAUUUCAGCUGUGGAUUGGUCACUGAGACUACAGCUUUCACAAAGGAGACAUCUUAAUGGGAGAUAUAGUUUUCAUCCCUGCUCAGACUGUAGUCAAUUUGACAAUGGGUGUUCUGGGGGCAGACGGCAGUAUCACAGCUGCUUGUUACCCCCAGAGUCCCUUCUGCCAGAAAGAUUGGUUUAUGAAGAAAAUGACUACAGGAAGGUUCGAUUUGUUGCUCGACAAAAGGAGGUGAACGAGACCUUUGCUAUUGACUUAAUUGCAGAGCAGCCUGUGAAUAAAGUUGAAAGCCGAGUGGUAUCAUGUGAUGGUGGUGGUGGAGCCCUGGGACAUCCUAAAGUGUACAUAAAUUUGGACAAAGAUACAAAAACUGGAACAUGUGGUUACUGUGGACUUCAGUUUAAACAGAAACAUCACCACUGAAAGAUCAUCCCUUCAUGCCCUGCAGAAUUCUGUCAGAAUUUCAGUGUUAAAAUAUUAACAAUAAAUGAAAUUUAAAAGCUCAGAGCCUUUAUAUUUGUUUUAAAAAAAUAUCUUGCCCAAAUAUAUUUCCAUAAAUUAAAGUUUCCAUAGAUUAAAACUUGAAAAACCAAGGGCUCAUCUACAUGAUGAGGUAAUGCACCCUGCAGGUUUGGGGGGUGAUUUUUAUAGAGCAUUAACUUGUUGCAUAUUAAUUGGUCCGUGUAGACUCUCCUGAUGCACAGUAAAGUUUCCCUAGUGCUCUUUAAUGUAGUGCAUAGUAGUACGGUGAGGCUUUCUUGAGAACUUUUAGUGUGCACCAGCAGAGUCUACAUCAUGGGAAGACCGUGGGCCGAAUCUAAAUCACCGGAUGCUUUUGAACAGACCCCAAAAUCUUUUUAUUUACCUAUUAAUAUUAUUGUUGUGGUUUUUGUAGUAUUUUCUCUGGAAUAUGGAUCUUGACUAUACCUUGACCAAGAAAUUUGGACCUUAACAAAAAUAUUUAAUAGACUACCCUAGGUCUACGUGGACCAAUUAAUGCACAACACAUUAGUGUGCUUUUAGAAAUCCAAGCCCCGUAGUGCACAUUAUCCUACUGUGUAGACAGCCCUAAGUGUGCUUUGAGAGAUGAAUGUAAAGAAGUUUUGAGGUAGAAAUUCUAAUAUCAGUUUGUUCAUAGAAUAGACCUGGUGCCCUGUUAUACUUUUACCAUCUGGGAUGCAUCUUAGUAAAAGGUCUUUGACUUGGAACUGAUGCUGAAAUCAAAUGGAAAUGGAAAUCUGAUACUCUUUCCCUUCUGAUACGUUAAAUAUGUAUAAUUUAUUUUCAAGCCUGAAUUAGACCUUUUCAGAUUAGAGGAUAUGAGGUUUGAUAAUUCUAGGCAUUUGUCUCUUGGCUUCAUUAUUACUCCUGUUCAUAGAAUGAUCACUGUGUGCCAUUUCUCUGCUGAUAUAAAUAACUAACUAAAUUGAAAUCCAUUUGCUCUUUUGUUGUGUGGGAUAGAGAUUUCUCAUUUUCAAAGCUAGAAGUUAUGGCUGACUCGAACGGGAUAUAAUAAUUGGCUAUAUUUCUCAACCAUCUUGAAAACAUCACAAAAUGUCUAAAGUACAAUGAAAAGGUUUGACCGCACUUAAAUUCUCUUCAUAAAUAUGAAAAACAAACUUUCAAAGUUUUUCAGAAAGUUAAUGAUGCUGAUAACCAGUAAAUUUUGGACACUUUCUGUCUUAACUGCUGAAAAGACAUUUAGGCUCUGAUUGUCCAUUAUCCCCCACCAUGUGUAAUCAUUUACAGGAUUGUGAAGUAGGUACAAAAUGCUAUCAGAUCAAAUCAGUGGGAUUUUAUAACCACUUAGCACUGGUGCAAAUUACUACAUUUGGUGCAGGAUAAUGGAGAACCAGACCAUCUACAUUUUGCUUAUUUCAAUGUGGACUAAGUUCAAAAAGUAGAACACUGAACUCCACCACUGUAUCCAUUCAUAUAUGUACAAUAAUUUUUUUGUGGUUUUCUUCAUCAUAUUGAGUGGAAGGAGUGAAUCUUCAAAGCUUUUUUUCUCCACUGUACACUUAGAAUAGUUUGUAGAUAUAACUUAUUUUAUUAAGCAUUUCAGUACAGUAUUUGAGAACAGUAUUGCAGUACCUCAGAAUAACGUUUCAAGAUUCAUCAACAGCAGAGGAGAAAUUAAAUGUAGAUUAGCUAUCAGAGAACCCCCAUGUAUUUAGUGGAAAGGUAGACGUGAAUUUUGUUGCACUCUGUAGCAGCAGACUGGAAAUAAAGUUUAAAAAAUU